AUGUUGUACAUCCCUAAGAUUGCUGAAGGGGAAAAGGGGUGGCUGGUAGUGGUCACCUCUCUCAUCCAGUCCAUUCCAUUGGAGGACCCCCUUGGGGCUGCAGUCAUUACCCUUCUACUUGACCAAUGUCCCUUGCCUUCCAAAUCAACAACUCUAAAAUUGACCAAACUUCUGAAGCUGUCCAAAGAUGGGUGUGAUGGAAAUUUUAAAAGUCCAAGGGCUCAACGCAACCUUUGUAUUAUUUUGGGCUGUUUGGCAGAGAAAAUGGCUGGGCCUAGCAGUAUAUCUCUGUUAACAAAUGAUGUCUUGGAUUACUUAAUAUCAAAUAUGAAGUAUUCUGAUUCCCCAGUUGUCAUCCUGCACUCUAUUGUUGCCAUGGAGAAGUUUGCAGAAACCAGUGAAAAUAAAAUCAUAAUAAACAAAGUUCUUCAAUCUGAUCCUGAGAAUCUGUUGAUGUCUUUGGAGAAAUGGUACCGCAGUCGACAGGCUGAGAAGCAAGAGGGUCGGAAGUUUAGCUAUGAAAGUGUUGAUGUUAAUGGACUGAACGUGAUGUUGAACAGUAAUGAUGUCAGUGAAUAUCUAAAGUUAUCUGCUGAUGGCCUCGAGGCACGGUGUGAUGCGUCGUCAUUUGAAAGUGUGCGUUGCACAUUCCAGGUGGACUCAGGUGUGUGGUAUUACGAGGUAUCCAUAGUAACAGCUGGUGUUAUGCAAAUUGGUUGGGCCACUAAAAACAGCAAGUUCCUAAAUCAUGAUGGUUAUGGAAUUGGUGAUGAUGAAUACUCCAUGGCUUAUGAUGGCUGCCGACAACUUAUCUGGUACAAUGCACAGAGCAGACCCCACAAGCAUCCUUGUUGGAAAGCUGGUGAUGUCCUUGGUUUGUUAUUAGAUGUCGAUAAGCAGCAACUGGUUUUCUCUUUGAAUGGAAAUAGUCUACCUGCAAAUAAAGAAUUAUUCACGCAUGCAAAAUUUGGCUUUUUUGCUGCGGCCAGUUUCAUGUCAUAUCAACAAUGUGAAUUUAAUUUUGGUGCCAAGCCCUUCAGGUAUCCUCCCAAGACAUCAUUUAAGAAAUUCAACGAUUAUGGUCACCUUUCAUCAGAUGAAAAAGUCAUCCUGCCUCGGCAUAUGAAGAUGGCCUUGUUACAAAAAGAAUCUCUACCUGAGGGAUCUUGUACAUUAUGCUGUGAUAAACAGGCCAGUGUUGUCUUGUGGCCAUGUGGGCACAAGGGAUACUGUGAAACGUGUGCACUUCAACUUGAACGAUGUCCCAUGUGUCGGGAACCAAUCCAAGAGCGUAGGGCUGACCCUGAGGAAAACACAGAUCGAACUAUAACAUCCUGA